AAAGGCACCACUUUGCCUUCUUGGAGGAAACUGAGGACAUAGAAUCUUAGCCAAAUAUUCAACAUGGUAAUUCAAAGGUAUCUCCUAACCUAUAUGGUCGUGGUGCUCGCUUCAUAUCUUCAUAACCUCAUCAGAGCCAUUGAAGUCCCACGGGAUCUGCCUCAGCCUCCUACAAUUACAAAGCAGUCUGCAAAGGAUUAUAUUGUAGAUCCAAGAGAUAAUAUAUUCAUUGAGUGUGAAGCGAAAGGCAACCCCACACCCACGUUUUCCUGGACACGAAAUGGAAAGUUUUUUAAUGUUGCAAAGGACCCGCGAGUAACCAUGAGGCAUUGGUCAGGUACACUGAUAGUUGACUUCCGCAGUGGUGGGAGGCCAGAGGAUUAUGAGGGAGAAUAUCAGUGUUUUGCUCGGAAUGACUACGGAACAGCUAUUUCCAACAAAAUAUUCCUCCAUGUUUCAAAAUCUCCUUUGUGGCCAAAGGAAAAUUUGGAUAUUCAAGAGGUUCACGAAGGUGCUUCACUUAUCUUGGCAUGCAAUCCUCCACCUGGACUACCACCCCCUGCUAUCUUUUGGAUGAGUAGCUCCAUGGAACCAAUCCAUCAAGACAAGCGUGUCUCUCAAGGGCAGAAUGGUGACUUGUAUUUCUCGAAUGUCAUGCAGCAGGAUGCUCUGACUGACUAUAGCUGCAAUGCUCGCUUUGCUUUCACACAUACCAUCCAGCAGAAAAAUCCUUACACCCUCAAAAUCAUAACCAAGUAUCCCCAUAAUGAAGUAUCCUUUCGAAAUCACACUGACAUGUACAGUGCCCGAGGUAUUGCAGAAGGCAACCCAGCUUCAUGUACCCUAUUGGGACCUCAAGCAGGUCAGAUGGUGCUAAGAGGAGAAGACCUCUUGCUGGAAUGCAUUGCCUCAGAUCCAUCACCAGAUAUCAUGUGGCACAAAAAGGGUGGUGAUCUCCCAUCUGGCAGGAUCAAGUUGGAAAACUUUAACAAGGCUCUUCAUAUUGCAAAUAUUUCUGAGGAAGAUUCUGAAUAUUUCUGCUUAGCUUCCAACAAAGUGGGCAUUAGCCGCCAUAGUAUCUUGGUGAAAGUGAAAGCUUCCCCAUAUUGGUUGGAUGAACCAGAGAACCUUAUUUUGGCUCCUGGUGAAGAUGGAAGACUGCUGUGCCGUGCCAAUGGUAACCCCAAACCUUCAAUCCAGUGGCUUGUGAAUGGAGAACUUCUAGAAAGUUCUGCUCCCAAUCCCAGCCGUGAAGUUAAUGGAGACACUGUUAUGUUUCGGGACAUCCAGAGUGGCAGCAGUGGUGUAUAUCAAUGCAACGCUUCUAAUGAACAUGGGUACCUGUUAGCCAAUGCAUUUGUUAGUGUGUUGGAUGUUGUUCCUCGGAUCCUUGUCCCUCGUAAUCAGCUGAAAGUUAUUCAGAAUAAUCGGACUCUUCUUGACUGUCCAUUCUUUGGAUCCCCAAUUCCAACAUUACGAUGGUUUAAGAACGGCCAGGGAAGACAUUGCAUGGUGGGCAAUUAUAAAGCACAUGAGAAUGGAACUUUAGAAAUCAUUAGAGCUCGGAAAGAAGACCAGGGAACUUACACCUGUGUGGCUACCAAUCUUUUGGGCAAAGCACAGAACCAGGUUCGUUUGGAAUAAAAGGAUCCCACAAGGAUUAUAGAGGGACCCAAAGAUGCUAUACCAAAGAAAGGUUCCACAAUUCACUUAGUGUGCCAGACAAGACAUGACGCCACAUUACGGCUUACAGUUACCUGGCUUAAAGAUGAUAUUCCCAUCUACUAUGGAAACAGGAUGAAGAAAGAAGAAGAUGGUUUGACUAUACAUGGAGUAUCAGAAAAAGAUCAAGGAUAUUAUACCUGUGUGGCUAGCACUGAACUAGAUAAGGAUACUGCCAGAGCCCAUCUCACUGUACUUGCACGUCCAGAACGUCCCCGCGACCUUGAAUUAACAGACCUUGCUGAAAGGAGUGUGCGGUUAACUUGGAUUCCUGGUGAUGACAACAACAGCCCAAUCACGGAUUAUAUUGUGGAAUUUGAGGAGGAUAAAUUCCAACCUGGAACUUGGCAUAACCAUUCCCGUUACCCAGAUGUGAACUCCGCCUUCUUGCGCCUUGCACCAUAUGUCAACUAUCAGUUCCGAGUAAUAGCUGUGAAUGAUGUAGGAAGCAGUUAUCCCAGUCUGCCUUCUGAACGAUACCAUACAAAUGGGGCACGCCCCGAAUUUAACCCUUCAGGAGUUAAAGGAUCAGGAACACAAAAAAAUAAUAUGGUUAUAUCAUGGAUGCCAUUAAAUGCAACUCAAGUGUAUGGCCCCAAUCUUAAAUACAUUGUGAAGUGGAGAAGAAGGGACACACGGGAGAGUUGGAACAACCGAACUGUAAAGGGUGAUGUCAGUCAGUAUACCGUCGCACCAACACCUAUCUAUACACCAUACGAGAUCAAAGUACAAGCUUUAAAUGAUUAUGGGAUUGCCACGGAGCCAGACAUCGUAAUUGGCUACUCAGGGGAAGAUUAUCCUAAGGCUGCCCCUACUGAUAUUAGGCUCAAAGUUGUAAACAGUACAGCAAUCAGCCUUCAAUGGAGUAAAGUGUACCCAGAAACCAUCCAGGGACAGCUCAAGGAAUAUAGAGCUUAUUACUGGAGAGAAAGUAGUUUGCUGAAGAAUCUAUGGGUCUCUAAGAAAAAGCAGUCAUUGGGUUUUAUUGGAGACCGGAAUCGGGGCAUAGUGUCCCGGCUGUUUCCUUACAGCAACUACAAAUUGGAAAUGGUUGUAGUCAACGGGAGAGGAGAUGGGCCUCGGAGUGAAAUUCUGGAAUUCACAACACCUGAAGGAGUGCCCAGUGCCCCAAGGUAUUUCCGAAUUCGUCAGCCAAACUUGGAGGCCGUCACCUUGGAGUGGGAACAUCCUGAACAUCCCAAUGGCAUUCUUAUUGGAUACACCCUUAGAUACCAAGCCUUUAACGGAUCCAAAACUGGCAGAACAAUGGUAGAGGUCUUCUCUCCUAAUCACACAAAGUUUUUACUUCAGAGGACGGAUCCUAUCUCACGCUACAGGUUCAAUCUACGUGGCAGGACCCAGAUUGGAGAAGGUGAGCCUGCCACAGGGGACUCUCCAAUUCCACUGAAUGAAGUUCUUCCAACCUCAGCCUAUACUAAGAAUCAAGGGGACAUUGCAACUCAGGGCUGGUUUAUUGGAUUGAUGUGUGCCAUCGCUCUCCUGGUACUGAUUUUGCUGAUAGUUUGCUUUAUUAAGAGGAGCAGAGGAGGAAAAUAUCCAGUGCGAGCAAAUAAAGAUGUGCCCCUCGAUCCUGAUGAUCAGAAGGUAGAUAAUGGAUCGUUCGAUUACAGUGAUGAAGACAACAAGCCACUGCAAGGCAGUCAGACCUCCUUAGAUGGCACAAUAAAGCAACAAGAAAGUGAUGACAGCUUGGUGGACUAUGGAGAAGGAGGUGAAGGACAGUUCAAUGAAGAUGGUUCCUUUAUUGGCCAGUACACAGUUAAGAAGGACAAAGAUGAGACAGAAGGCAAUGAGAGCUCAGAAGCCACAUCACCAGUAAAUGCUAUCUAUUCCCUGGCAUAACACUAUAUAUUGAAGCAACAGCAGCUAAAUAAAGAAAUAAGUUGGUAUGGGUCAGCAGAGUCACCAUCAACAAGAGAAAGCAAUCAGGGUAGGGCAACAAAGGCCAAACACACAAACCCGACCAGUGCCAUCAUCUCUUUAGCAAACAGCAUAGAUGCACUGACUGCUGAAGUGAUCAUACUGCAGCUGAAAUCUGAGCUAACCCACCAGAGACCAGCUGAAGAGCAGAAUGCAGAGAUUCUGUGCCCCAGGCUUCAGAACUUGGACUGAAAUAAACAUCCCUCUAUACCCCCUUUGUCUGAUUUGUGAGAUAAUGCAAUUUCCUUCAUUAAUAAUGUAUACAACUGACUUGGGGAAGGGGAUCCCUUUUUUAAGGAUUUGAUGUUGUCCUCAGAAAAAGAAAUGUCUGAACAUGUGGGGGAAACUUGAGUAGGGAGUGAUGAUUUAAAAAAAGCUGAGCACAUUAUGGCACGCCCCUUGCUAAAACAGCAUGAAAACCACAUUGCAGAAUCAGUUUAUUGGUUUUAAAUGAUGAACUGUUUUAUAAACAGGAACUUUUCUGAACAUUACUUCUAUUGGAGAUCAUUGUAGACGGGCCCUAGCCUAUGCUUUUCACUAAGCAAGGUAUAUGCUGCUUUUUCCUAUGAGAUAAAAUGGUUCCAUAAUAGGCUUCAGUGUGGAGGCUAUCAAAUGGGAAGGCAGGAUUGUUGCAUUGAUUGAAGAUCUCACUUUUAGCUCUGUAUUUCAAUUUCUGCUUCCGUAGAAACCACAAUAUGAAGUUGUGCUCUACCCAUGCUAUCAAAGAGUUUAAUUGAAACGUUGUAUCUCUGUCAAAAAAAAACAAGAAUAGGAAACAGGAUUGGAUUGCUGUUUUUCAGAAGAGAAUUAUUGGAGGAAAUUUGUUGUUAAUUUUUAUUAAAAACAGCCAUUCCUCACAAUGCGUACA